AUGAAGGUUCGACGCAAGAAAUCGGAUCCGACAAAAAUGGAAACCAAGUUUUUGGGAUUGAUCAAUACAGUGUACACAUUCGAUGUGAUGUGCGAUUUCCAAUACCUCCCACUCAAGAAACGGAUCGGCACCGACGGCUUCGAAGAUUUGAUUCCAAAACUGAUACCGACAGAUUUAUCAACAGCGUUGCGUUGGUGGGACAAAGUCAUGCCACAACCCACGCCCCUCUUUCUGCCUCCUUAUCAGUUCAGUAGGUACUUGACACCAUCUUCAAAGAUUCUCGGAAGAGAAACUGAUCAUACGGAGAAGACGAGACGGGCGGUGCGAAGUGGAUAUGGACAGAAUCUCCGUGUGGAACGAAAAGCGCUCUCUGUAACCGUAAUGGCUGCUGACGACUUCCCAGAAAAGCCAUCCGAUGAAGCCGUCGUGGAAGCGCACUUCAGAUGUAAGCACGAAGAACCACAUCGUCUUCUGAAAGAGCUUUUCGAUGAACGUCCAAUGUGGACACGUGUCGGAUUACUGUACAGAACAAAGAUUGACGAUAGUCUAUUGAGAAGCAUCCUUCAAAAGUACGCAUUCUACAUUCAAAGCGGUCCCUGGGGAAGGCUUUGGUGUAAAUUUGGUUAUGAUCCGAGGAAGGAUUCCGAGGGUGGACUCUAUCAGACAAUUAUGGUCUCGUUCCGUCAGCAUGGUAGUAUUCCGGAGAGGCAGAGAUUGAAGGUGUCGUCGGAUCGAGCGGGGACGAUUAAUCCGAAUGGGGAGACUAAUGUACCAGUGUCCUAUAUGUACGAGGAAGGAAAACUGCCACGUGUCCGUCAGAUGUGGUACUGUGUAAUGGAUGUUCAGUUGCCGGGAGCCAUCGAGGUGCUUCUAGGGAUUAUGGAAGGCCGGGAGGCACGACCGCAACCAUCGGAGGAGGACAUUCGGGAUAAGGGAUGGCUGCCGCCGCAGGUGUUGGACAAGAUUCGCGAUUUGAUUAAGGAAGACGUGGCGAAUACGUCGAAAGAGCUCGAAGGGACGAUCCAGGAACGAGGAGAGGAGGAUUUUAAUUGA